AACCCUUUUCAAAAUAGUGCGUGCGCGCCAAAAAUCUGGCCGUUGGAUGUCUCUCCUCACGAAAUCGAUCAGAAAGAAACAAGAAAGCAAUGACAUGAAAAAUAAUUUUGGCCACAAGCAUUGCGGCAUCGUGUGAAGGAGUUCCGAGUCGAGUCUACUUCUAGCCAGCUUACCAGACCAAGUCACGACGACAAGACCAACUUCAGCAAACCAUUUGGUUUGGACAGUUCGCCAGAAUGGGAAACACCCACGCCUUUGAGCACCGUCUCCCUGCCAUCUUUGCGGGUAGCUUUGCCAGCAUCGCACUUGGACUUCUCUCAGUCUCUGGCGCCCACUGCCGGUUCCUGAAGAUCCAAGCUAAAGACGGAUAUGCUCUGUCCCUUAGCGAUGGAACGGUUCCACCUGGCGAGGCUUCCACUUACCUGGGUGUUAUUUGUGUCAAUCCGCUGUACGAUGACAUUCUAGAAGAUGAUGCGGUAUUCACUCUGAGCCGAGUUUGUCUCUUUGUUGCAUUGGCCAUGGGGUCGUUCACUUGCGUGCUCUCUUGGGCACUCAGUAGCUUUGUAACCCCCACAGAAGCUAACUGGAAACUCUUGUCGGUAGUUGCGGCAGUUUCAACACUCCUUCAAAUGCCAGUGUUUCUUCUCUUUGAAACCGAUCCAUGCACUCAUUUUGUUGACGUCCAGGAAUGUGUGCUUUCUUCUGGAGGAUACUACCUCAUUCUAAGUUCUGUAUGCUGGGUGAUUGUGGCACUAGUCACUCAGUUCAUGGACCCACCUAGAUGGGCAGAUGAGCUGAAUGCGUGGAAGACAUCAGCCACCAACCACCAACGGACGGAUGUGACUCCCCAUCACGUUGUUUCCAUUCAAGAUGAGCACGGAACUGAUGGAGAUUCGCAAGCACCACUACUAAAGCCUCCUUCCAAAAUAAGCUUCCUCAGCAGAGUCCAGAACACAUGGACACACAACAAAUCCAGAGAAGGGGAGCUGGCCGACCUUCCCUUUAAUCAUACUGAUUCCUUGUCGGUGGAUGAAGAUCCCAUCACAAAACUUCGAAGCUCCAACCUCCUUGAACCAACAACUGACAUUACAGAACUCUCCUUGGUUGUGAUUCCAAUAGAUAGAAGAACUCCCCCAAUGACAGAUGAUGCUGAUGCUGAUGCUUUGUCUCAUGCUGAGGAUGGAGAGUUUCCAGUUCAGGUGACAGAGGAAAGAUCUGUUUCUGUCUUCAAACCUCUCCCACCGCCGUCAUUGGAUGCAAUCAGUGUAGACUCCUGCCAACAAGAACAACAGGAUCUUCAAAUGGUUGUUUGGGAUGCAUCUUUUGCCGAAGACCAGACAGAGACGCAUAUUGUACAAGGAAUAUACUCGGAUUUGGAGAAUCCUCCCGAACUUGUUGGUGAAACUAAGAUGAUCUUGGCAGACUCGUGUGCUAUGAUGAACCAGAACAUUUCUAUUUUUGAUGAACCAUGUUCGACACCAACCAAAGAAGAAAGAACAGAACCAACUUCAAUUGCUGAAACGCAAAUUGCAUCCACAGAACCUUCAGAAAGUGUACAUCAGUAUUCCUCGGCGUCAAAUGGGGAGAAGGACACUACAAUUUUGCUAGAACAUACGUCGCAACCCACAGAGCAGCGACGAAAACCAGGAAAGCUGAAGAUGUCGUCCUCCAGAUUUUUGAAAAAGCUAUCCGAAACAGUGAAAAAGGGACCCAAGGUCGUUGGAAGAUCGGGUAAAAAUCAGAGGUAUGCGCUGAUCAGCGAUGAUGAGUCGGUGGCCUCCCUUUCCUUGUUUCCAACCGAAGUCAUCAUCUAUGACAAUGCUGAGAUUCCAGGGAUGCCGGGAACACCCAGCAAACAAUCAGAUUUCCCCAGCUUUGAUCCCUCCUUCAGCAACACCGCACAGGCAUGGGAGGACCCUCCAAUCACCUACAUGGAAUCAUUCGACGAUUGCACAACAGAAGAAGAGGAUGAGCCAAAUCCAAUCAUCUCCCCGGACGUCUCCAUGGAUACAGGGGGUCCUUCCGAUGAAGGGGACGACGACGAGUCAUCAGACCCGUCAGACUGUGACGUGCCUCCCUACGAGGGGGUUAUUCCCAAAAACGAUUCGCAGCGGAAUGCUAAAAGCUAUUCCUCGCUUCGUUCCAUUGUGUCGUCAACCUCUUUGUUGGAGACUAUGAUUGAAGAAGAAACGGAUGAUGAUCUGAGAGAAUUCUAUUCGUCUCCCUAUGGGCUAGUUCGAUCACAGUCAGCUCCAGUCCCAAACCAAUACGUCUCUGAAAACAUUCAACAACGACCCUCUCAGCACAUCUCCAUGGACGGCCAGAACUCUGUCUCUACUAUGGAUUCGGCUGCUUUCAUGCCUUCAACUUCUUACUCGGAAGAAGUUGAACACAGUUGUCUUGACGACGUGCAGUUGGCUCCUGUGAUGUCUUUUCACGCCAAUAUGGAGAGCAAUAAACACAACUAUGAGGAAGCCUCAUGGGCACAGCAUGUUAGUGUUUAUGAUUCCUUGGUGGCCAACAUCGAGAACAAUCAACGCAACUAUGAGGAAGCCUCAUGGGCACAGCAUGUUAGUGUUUAUGAUUCCUUGGCGAUCACCGACCUGGAAGACUUGGAGAAUCUGCUUGCAACAGAUCAUUCUCAAAUUGCUGGGAAUGACGAGGAAAGAUCUGGAGCGUCGUCCCCAGGGGACGAAGCUAGGGCUCAAACAGCUUCUGAAAUAGAAUCGCCGGAGUAUACUGCCUUGCCAAUUACAAAGCCCCCUGAUGUCCCUGUCCCAAUCAGUCCAACCUCGACAGCUCCCGAAACGCCUUCGCCAGGAAGGGCGAUACAGGAAGGCAAUCCCAAUCAACAAGAUUUGUCUACUUCGUUUGAGAGCACCGACCUAUCGUGGAAAGAAGAUCGAGAACUAAGGGGCGGAAUUCACGCAGUGCCCAUUCCUGAUUCACCCUGCAACAUAUCAGACAGGGUCACCAGAGCUCGCGAAUCAAGAAUCAGACGGCUGCAACAGGAAAAUGCGAGCACCUCUCUAGCUUCUAGCAAGGUGGAAGUGGAAGAUGAUUGCCACGGGGUCUCGACCAUGGCAAGCGUGGUCGACAAGUUGGACCUUGAACUAAUCGAGGUCCUUCGACCGGAUGGCUGUGAAUAUGGCCCAGAUGAACGGUCUCUGUAAUGCCAACAGCCUUGGUCUUGGAGCAUGGUAGUUAUUCAUUGCUCCUCAUUGACCUUCUACAAAAGUGUUAAAUGAUGUUUCAGUUAUAAGUAGACUUAGUAUUCGCUACGGUGUCGUCUGCCCGUUAUUAGUCAGAACAAAGUGUCUAAA